AGAGAGCGGAGAGCAGAGCGAGCGGAGAGAGUGGGAGGGCACGCACAGAGACACAGAGAGAGAGAGAGAGGAGGAGCGGAGCGGAAAGGACGACGGAGGCGCGAGAGAAGAGAGAGAGAUUAAAAAUCAAAUAAAUAACCAGCGCGACCGUUGCCCGUACCGAUCAUCCAUCCAUCCCGUCCGCCUGCCCGCCAGACGCCGCUCUACGGCCAUGCUCGGCAUCAUCAACAAGCUGCUGGACUGGUUCAAGUCGCUCUUCUGGAAGGAAGAGAUGGAGCUCACGCUCGUGGGCCUCCAAUAUUCGGGCAAAACGACGUUCGUGAACGUGAUCGCGUCCGGCCAGUACAGCGAAGACAUGAUUCCCACGGUUGGCUUCAACAUGCGGAAAAUUACCAAGGGCAAUGUGACCAUUAAGCUGUGGGACAUUGGAGGGCAGCCGCGCUUCCGCAGCAUGUGGGAGCGCUACUGCCGCGGCGUGAAUGCCAUCGUGUACAUGGUGGACGCUGCUGACCACGACAAGCUGGAAGCGUCGCGGAACGAGCUGCACAACCUCCUGGAGAAGCCCCAGCUCCAGGGAAUCCCGGUAUUGGUGCUGGGUAACAAGAGAGACCUCGCCAAUGCCCUGGACGAGAAGGAGCUCAUUGAGAAAAUGAAUCUGUCGGCCAUUCAGGACCGGGAAAUCUGCUGCUACUCCAUCUCCUGCAAAGAGAAGGACAACAUCGAUAUCACCCUGCAGUGGCUGAUCCAGCACUCUCGGAGCCGAAGGAGCUAAGCCGGCUCGGACUGGCUCUGAUUCAGCACCCCGCAACCACGUCGACCACCGCCUCCACCGCCUCCACCGCCACGCCAACCGCCGCCACCACCGCCACGUACAACACCUCGCUCGCCGUGACGCACGCACGCACGCACGCGCACGCAUGCACACGCGUGUGUGCUCUCUUACAAACACUCAAAUGGACUCGCAUGUACGCACUCGCAUAAAUACACACGCUCGCACGUACACAUGAACACACGCAGUCGCACACAAACACAUGCGCUCGUACGCACAAAGGCACGCAGCACGCGUACGAUCAUUGCACUCGCACGAAUUUACGCGCACACACACUCGCACAUUAACGCACGCGCUCCCUCGCACAUAGGCGCGCACAUGCACACUCGCAUGCACCCACACACACCACACCCUUACGCCCAGCUGUCGAAUUGGAGACAUAAACUUUUGGGGCCCCUAUCGCUUGUCAAAUCACUGACUUUUAAACUCGUCGCAUGUGUGGGGUAACAGGUCAAUGCCCACACUUUACCCCACCAUGCACACCUCGUGCAAAAAGGGGCACAGCCGAUUAUGAAUGCGCAUACCUCCACAGUCUCGGAGAAUCAACUGGUCGGCAUGUGGAUACCGAAUAGGGGGCUCUUAAUUCGUCCACAGAAUAUUCUAGCACGACCGCCCACAUUUAUAUGGCGAUGCACAUUGUGUUGAAAUUCUUUUUUUGUCCUCUAUCAUCUUCCCAUGAUCGCGGCCAGCCGGCUCUUGCAACUGCUUUGCAGUCAGGGUUCGGUUGGGACGCCGAGCAACCAGGGCACCUGCCCAGUAACCUACUCCUUGAGUUGGGCCAACUUGAAUCUAUUCGUGGAGUUGGGCCAACUUGAAUCUAUUCGUGGAGUUGGGCCAACUUGAAUCUAUUCGUGGAGUUGGGCCAACUUGAACAUACUCCUUGAUUUGGGCCAACUUGAAGCUACUCCUUGAGCUGGGCCAACCUGAACCUACUCCUUGAGUUAGGCCAUCUUGGACCUACUCCAUGAUUUGGGCCAUCUUGAGCCUAUUCCUUGAUUUGGGCCAACUUGGACCUACUCCAUGAUUUGGGUUAACUUGAAUCUAUUCGUGGAGUUGGGCCAACUUGGACCUAUUUGUGGAGUUGGGCCGUGAUUCAGAUGGUAGCGGUGGCGUAGCUGCAGAGAAACUUCAAUGGGGCCCACUGACCAGGAGUGGCCAGGUGCACCGGUCCAAAGAGUGGGGGACAUCGGACAGGAGGUAGGGCCCCACUUUACUCCUUGCAGCAGGACCCAUGCUGUGUGACCACACGAUGCUGCUACCUACAUUGUCGUCUUCUUUCAUACGGCUGAUGUAGAUGCAGAGCAAAACAGCUCCAAUUUCACAUUGAGGUGGCCAAGCCAGACAACCGCGUCAGUAGCAGCGGAGUGGAUCGCUGUUGAUGUCUCCGUCGUAUUUGUGGAUCGGGCAUUGCGUCGUUAUACGUUGUGCAGACUGUUCUGGAUGACCACAGUCGCACAAUGGAGAUUUUUUUAAAGUUUCCAUUUGUGCGCAUCAACUGCUGCCAUGGUUUUCAGCGGAUGUGGUUCAGGCUGGACCAUAAAAGCACAUGGUCCAUCCUAAACUAUGCUCCUAACUUACGCAGACAUCCGCAUGCAGACUCGUCCACUCGAACGUAGACUCUUAGACUUACACGGAGACCCAUAGUCUCGCGUGGAUGUACAUAGAGACACACGGACCGCCGCCGUACACUUACCUUGGAGACGCUACAUCAGUCGAGUAGCUGUCGAGUGUGCAGGCCAUGCAAAUGUAACCGGGGAUCUGUCGGGGAUAGGAGGGGGUAGUGGGCUAUUUAAUUCCAUGCCAACCGCACGACACCACUGGAUGGGAAUGAAUUGCGUUGGGACCCAGUGGCGUGCGUGUGGUGGCCCAAGUCUGUGGCCGGCAUGAGCAGCGGCAGAAUAUUUACCCUGUAGUCGCCAGAUUUGUCAACACCUUUACAAAAAAAAGACAAUGACGCUCUCCAAAUGACAACGACAACAACAAAUCAAGUCGAACAGCAACAACAAUAAAAUCGAAGCGUUAAAAGUGUUCUCGUUGCAUUUUACAAGGUGGGUAGGGAAAUGGGUUAACGGUGAUGGGACGUGAAUUAUAACUCGGCGGGAGGGUAUUUUUUGCAGUGACGGUGGUUAAGUUUUAAUCGAACUUUUUAAUGGUUUUUAGCCGUUUUGUUAUCGUUGGUGUGGCCAUCGUUUCGCUAAGUGCUGUCGUCAUCUCGGAUUGUGACAUUUCUUGUUUUUUAAAGAAAAAAAUAACGGAUCACUUCUUUUAUUUGUUUGUCUUUAGGGCCGUUUUACGCGAAGGUAAUUUUUUUCCGUCGCACACUCCUCUGUGCUGUAGUCGAACGGUGGUGUAAAGGUGCCGCCCUGCAAUUGCUUUGCUCAACGCCGUGACCGGUGGAAGGGCCUCUGCAAUCGAGGGGGGGAGCUCUAGAGAGCCCCCCCACCCCCCCCCUCUAGAGAGUAUGUUAGCUGACCCUUCAAGACGUCUUUGGAAGAGGUGGGAAUUACUCACACUUUAACCCCCCACCGUACGCGACCUGCCAGUCCACUGUGGUGGUACCCAUUUCUACUGCUGGGUGGACAUAUGUGGGGCGGCCUGGGGGGGGGGGGGUGGUUUAUUAACUUGCCCGUAUCAACAGCCGCGCCCCGGCAGGCAGAGGUCGCAAUCGGGUACCCGUACCCUACCUGAUAUCCGGCUACCCGUACCCGGUCGGGUAGGGUACGGGAACGGGUACCCGUUUGCGACCUCUGCCGGCAGGUCAAUUCGCCAACCUCUGGAUUGCAGGUCCAGUGUAUUAAUAAUAAUAAACAUUUAUUUGUAAGGCGCCUUCCACUAAUGUCUCAAGGCUUAUUGUAAGAAUAAGGUUAAGGAAAGGCCAAGAGAGAAGGAGAGUUACAUAGAAUUAACAGUACUUAAGAAAAAUGUGUUUUUAGACGCGACUUUAGAGUAUCCACAUUGUCGGUUGAACGAAUUUCCAACGGUAGGGAAUUCCGCAACCAAGGCGCAGACACAGCAAAUGCCCGCUCACCCCAGCAACACAGCCGGGUUUGCGGUGCGCUCAGAAGGGCAGAGUGCAGAUCUCAACGACCUUGAGGGGGUGCACGGAUGGGUUAGCUCGUGAGUAUAUGGUGGUGCCAGCCCAUGCAAGGCUUUAAGAACCAGUAGAAGGCUCUUAAAUUCUACUCUCUUCAAGACCGGUAGCUAGUGUAAUGAUAAGAGAACCGGAGAAAUGUGGUCACGUAAUGGGGUUCGGGUGAGCACCCUAACUGAACAAUUUGUAGUCUACCAAGGACCUUUAUUUGAAACACCAACCAGCGAGGCAUUGCAGUAAUCGAUUCGCGAGAGGAAAACCUCUCAGAAUCAACCGCGUAAAAAAAUACAAAUGCACAACCCCCUUUGUAAAUCCACUGCUAGAUGAAAGCCCCCCUUGAUGCGGCGGUGUUCGUGGGGGGUUGUGUGAGGGCCGUGCAACACCAUGCCCGUCAAUAUGGGUUGGCGAAGAAAGGGCCCAGGAAUGGUUCGGAUAUCUCAAAUAUUUCAGAUAUUUUGAGCGUAAGAAUUUCUUUGUAUUGAUGAAUCGCUUAAUCGCUACUAUCCUACUACUCGAUACUACUGUUGUUCGUCUGUGAAUCACAACCCCAUCCCCCUGAAAGCAUGACAUGCAAUCAGCUGGCACACACGGUCUAUUUAAUUUAAAUUAUCUUUUAUUACCGUUAGUGUUAUUGCAGUUUUUUUUUAUGAUUGUAAAUGUCUAGAGUGAAAUAUGAGGGGACCAUCUGAACAUAAACGAUUAAAAGCUGUAAAUGCAAAACUGUCGUUAAUGCCUCCUUAUGCCGUUUUAAACUUUUUGCAUGUACGCCUUUCUGAGACCUCUUUCCCCCUCUCCCUGUGUUGCCGUAUUCUCUGGAUUAUAAGUUGCUCCGGAAAGUAAGACGCAACCCAAAACCUGUCCACGGUGUCUAAAGUUACUCAAAAUCUGGUCGCACAAUCAUGCGCCUAUAACAAAACAAUUAAGCAGAAGAUGCGUCCUCUUCACACUCAUGCCGUCUCUCUACAUUAAAAACUAAUUUAUUCCUCACGCAAUCCAUAAGCCGCCGCCGCCGCCGCCUUCUGCGUGCGUAAUCUCAUCAGCGUUGUUUUAAAGACGAGCCGAAAUCCGGAGCGGUUUCGGCACGCGGUGUCUCUUGGGCAGAGGUCAGGCUUGCUUGAAUCGAUUCCGGUGAACUGCUGCGACCUCACAGGUGACACCGCCUCACUUGACGGAGAGUUCUCAUCGCCAUCCAUACCCGCCCAACGUUUUUCUUAAAAAAAAAUACCGGAGGGGUGAAAAAACAAAUUGCGUCCGAUAUAAUCUGCAGAAUACGGCACAAAGGCCCCCCCGACUGCCUUCCCCCGAACGUGUCCUGUCCGUCAUACAACUUUGUGGAUAAACUGCUGUGCUAAAACGAUAACCCUUUGCGGUGUGCUGUUUACAUCACGGAAGCUGCGCGCCCGAGUUUUCUCCCUCUUACGUUCGCCGCCCGUUACUGCGACGUCGGAGCUGCCAAAAAAACCCCAAGAGGAGGAGGCGACUGGCGUACCGCUACGCGAGAUGCCAAUUAUCUCGCUCGCUCGUUCGCCACGUCAGUCGUUUUCUCGUUGCCACGACGUUCUUUUUUUGUUUGUAUCGAUUUGUUUAUCUAAAAUGUUUCAUGGUUUCCCCCCCUCACCCCCCCCCCCAUCGUUUUUAUUUUUGUUUGUUUGUUUCGUUAUCGCUGGAACGUGAAAAAUAAAAAAGGCUUUUGA